CAUUAAUAUUACAUACAACACAUAAUAAAUGAACUAGUAGCCAUAAAUGAUAAUACAUCAUGAUGCUGUUACAUGGAUAUAGAUAUGUUUUGAUUCAGGCCCUUUCUUUGUAUUUUGUUCAACUUCUUGUCGAAUCGCUGCAACCUAAUUCAUGCACUACUCCAUCACUGGAAAAUGGAAAGGUAAAGACAAAACCGAGUGGAAGAGGAGUAUUCUUCCGGUGUAAUAAGGGUUUCCAAAGACGACUUGGUGCCAAGUUCGCAUUUUGUUUACCUAACGGGUUGUGGAGUAAACCACCACCAAAGUGUAUACGUAAAGGCUGCCGUGCGAUACAUUAUGACAAGGACCUUCGGGUUAAAAGAAAAUACAAGGGCGCCAUGUUGAAAUUUACAUGUGUGGCUGGAAUGCAACGUAAGGGACCAGAAUUUAUUUAUUGUAAUGGUAAAAGAUGGAAUGAUGAAAACCCACCUAAAUGUGUCGUUGAUAUAGAUUUACAAUGUAAUUUUGAAGAUGAUAAUCUGUGUGGAUGGGGUCAAGCUGAUAACGACCAAUUUGAAUGGACAUGGUUUUCGGGUGGUACCCUUUCACCAAAGACUGGCCCACAGACUGACCAUACAUUUGGCGAUAGUGAUUCGGGUCAUUUCCUAUAUAUUGAAGCUUCUGGUAGAAAACUUAAUGAUACUGCCAUAUUGUUAUCUCCCCUUUACCAACCACAGUACAGUUCUUUGUGUUUUGAAUUUUGGUAUCAUAUGUAUGGUCCAACUAAUGCUGUUGGGAGUUUGGAAGUUUUUGUUCAGCCAGAAAGUAGAAUACUAGACGAUAUAGAUCCGGAAUUUUAUAUGGCUGGUAAUCAAGGUCCUGAAUGGAAGCGGGGUUCAAUAACAAUAGAGAAACAAACAGAAUUUUUUCAGAUAGUAAUUGUUGGAACACUAAAGGGGCAUUUUCAAAGUGAUAUUGCUGUGGAUGAUUUUAAACUAUACAAUUGCAGUAAAGAUGAUCCGGAUGAUCUUGAAUUGAACGGUUUUCCAGAAACGAAUACUGCAGAAAGUGUUAUUAUACCACAAACAAAACAUGGAGAUACAGAGAGUGGAAAUAAUCCGAGUACAGAAUCAUAUCCCGGUGUGACAGAAGACAGUGAAGCAACAACAGCGCUGCCUACCAUGACUGUAGAUCCUUUCUCAACGGUAGCUGUAUCUUCAGCAAUCCCCCAGCAAGCGGUUAACUCAAUCCGAACGUCAAGUGACGCCACAAUAGUUCUUGCUUCACAUAUUGUAUCCGUAAGAACUCAAGACAUCAAACUAUCGACACAAUAUGAACGAACUGGUGAUCCUGCAGUUAGUGAAGAAUCCGCACCUUAUCUGUCAUUACUAAUAUCUGGUACAACCGGGGAUCCAGCAUCGUCAAUAGAAAAUGAUUGGUAUGUGAGAGAAACUCUUCGCCCUACUAUGACCAGACAUCCAUUGCCGAGAGGCUUCUCAACUUCUGAACAUCUUCAAAGUCAGCAAUACAGUCAUACAAAUGAUCCGGAUGAUCUUGAAUUGAACGGUUUUCCAGAAACGAAUACUGCAGAAAGUGUAAUUAUACCACAAACAAAACAUGGAGAUACAGAGAGUGGUAUUAAUCCGAGUACAGAAUCAUAUCCCGGUGUGACAGAAGACAGUGAAGCAACAACAGCGCUGCCUACCAUGACUGUAGAUCCUUUCUCAACGGUAACUGUAUCUUCAGCAAUCCCCCAGCAAGCGGUUAACUCAAUCCGAACGUCAAGUGACGCCACAAUAGUUCUUGCUUCACAAAUUGUAUCCGUGAGAACUCAAGACAUCAAACUAUCGACACAAUAUGAACGAACUGGUGAUCCUGCAGUUAGUGAAGAAUCCGCACCUUAUCUGUCAUUACUAAUAUCUGGUACAACCGUCGAUUCAGCAUCGUCAAUAGAAAAUGAUUGGAAUGUGAGAGAAACUCUUCGCCCUACUAUGACCAGACAUCCAUUGCCGAGAGGCUUCUCAACUUCUGAACAUCUUCAAAGUCAGCAAUACAGUCAUACAAAUGAUCCGGAUGAUCUUGAAUUGAACGGUUUUCCAGAAACGAAUACUGCAGAAAGUGUUAUUAUACCACAAACAAAACAUGGAGAUACAGAGAGUGGAAAUAAUCCGAGUACAGAAUCAUAUCCCGGUGUGACAGAAGACAGUGAAGCAACAACAGCGCUGCCUACCAUGACUGUAGAUCCUUUCUCAACGGUAGCUGUAUCUUCAGCAAACCCCCAGCAAGCGGUUAACUCAAUCCGAACGUCAAGUGACGCCACAAUAGUUCUUGCUUCACAAAUUGUAUCCGUAAGAACUCAAGACAUCAAACUAUCGACACAAUAUGAACGAACUGGUGAUCCUGCAGUUAGUGAAGAAUCCGCACCUUAUCUGUCAUUACUAAUAUCUGGUACAACCGGGGAUCCAGCAUCGUCAAUAGAAAAUGAUUGGUAUGUGAGAGAAACUCUUCGCCCUACUAUGACCAGACAUCCAUUGCCGAGAGGCUUCUCAACUUCUGAACAUCUUCAAAGUCAGCAAUACAGUCAUACAAGUAAUGUCUUAACUUUAUCUCCAGCAAUCACAUUCUUUGCUUCACCAUCUUUAUCCACCAUAACACAAAGCAUCACAGCACGAACACAAUAUCAACGAACUGACGAUCCCGCAACGAUUGAAGAAGAAUCUUUGCCGUUGCUAAGAAUUACCACAACUAACUUUCUAACACCAUCAAUAGAAAACAAAGUGAUUGUGUCAGAAACAUUCCAGCCAACGUGGUCAAUGGAAACAUUCAAUACCAUAGAGACUUCUUUUCAGUUCUUUGAAAAUGCGCAUAUGAUACAGACAGUGCGAUCAGUAGGGGGCGACCUUGCAACAGAUCCACCGGAUGGUCCAACGGGAAUAGAUUUUAAAGCAACGCCAUUGAGCACCGGCACUGCAUCAGUUAUUUUUCACAUUCCAUCCUCCAUUUACGCAAAUAGUAUACACCAAACGGUUCAAGCAAACAAUUCCGAAACCGAUAUCGAACCAUCUGAAACAAUCAUGCCGACUAAUGUACUCACAACUAAUUUACAACCCAAACAUAGCACACAUGGCUUUUCAAGUAAACUGGCUAUAUCAUCAUCUCUACCAGAAAGACCACACCAAGCAACCAGCUACUCAUACCUACCAAUAAAUAAUUCAAAUGGGGAAGGUAGUGAUUUACACGAAUUUGAAUAUGGUCCAAGUCCUACAAUUGACCAUUUAAAUACCGAACUAGUUAACAAAUCCAAGGAAUUCUAUAAUCCAGAAAUUAGAGAAACUAUUUCAAUAGUAACAAUGUCAAUACAUUUUAUUAUAAUUAUCUCGUGUUGUAUAGUGCUUGGGCUUAUUUUCAUUGCUAUAGCAGCUUAUAUAUGGGCAAAAAGAGAAGAAGAAGGUGCCCUAAGUUACCGUUGUGCUAAUAACGAACUGCAGUCAUAGCUGAUAUGUCGUCUUUUCGUUUUUUGUUUUUCAAUGAAGUGCUUGCUCGUAUGUUUUCCAUCUUUUGGAACUUAAACAACUGAUAAUAUUACCACGACUAAAUGUUGUUAUGCUAUGGAUUAUGGAUGUUAUGUUGACCCCCCCCCCCCCAUUCAAGACCUAUAUUUGCAUUUACCAUUUCUUAUGUGUAUCGUUCAUUGAACGAUAUGCAGAUGUGCUGAUGUGCCCUGUCGCUCAUGCACAACCCGAACGCAAACUUUAUAUGGCCACCACCCCACUGUUAAUUUUCUUAUCUUUUUUCAAUGUUGUCAAUACUUUAUAUAAAAAAAGAGACACACCUCGGAUAAAUUACCAGUGCCUAUGUGAUUGAUUUUCAUGACUCUCUUCAGAUUAAAGAUUUUUAAAGUAAUAUAAUGGUGUAGGUUGUUGGGUUUGUAAUUAAGAGAGUUCUAUUACUUAAAUUAGUUGCAGACGGGGGUGUU